UAGAUUGCCGGCAAUCACCGCUACCAAACGCAACCCGAUGGAUUUCGAGCCGAAAAAAACGCAACCUGAUGGACUAGAUUGUCCGGAUAGGCCCAUAAUUCCCAGUUCAUCUAAAUAGGAAAAGUACCGUUGUUUGAAGAACCAGAAUUCUAGCGAUUAUAUUGGGUUCGGGGAAUUAGGGCUCCACAACCACUUUCUCUUCCUUGACGCUGCCAGCGGGCGGCGGGCGGCGGACGGCGGACGGACGGCGGACAGCGGACAGCGGACAGCAAACGUCUGAAUUCUACGAAGGAUGGUGGGGCUCUCCACGGGGGAGAAGCACUUCAUACAUGGUGGAAUAGCGCAGGACCUCCGGUCCGACGGCCGCAAGAGACUUCAUUUCCGGCCCAUCUCUGUCGAAACAGGAGUCAUUCCUCAGGCAAAUGGUUCAGCUCGAGUUCGAUUGGGUGCGACGGAUGUCAUUGUUAGCAUCAAGGCAGAACUUGGGAAACCAAACUCUUUUCAACCUGAUAAAGGGAAGGUUGCUAUAUUCAUUGACUGCAGUCCAACAGCUGCCCCAGAGUUCGAGGGAAGAGGUGGUGAAGAGUUGUCUUCAGAGCUCUCAGUUGCUCUCGAGAGAUGCUUUUUAGGUGGUAAGACUGGGACAGGGGCUGGAAUUGAUCUCUCGUCUCUGAUUGUUGUUGAGGGCAAGGUUUGCUGGGAUCUAUAUAUUGAUGGGCUUGUUAUCAGUUCAGACGGCAAUCUACUGGAUGCAUUAGCAGCUGCUAUUAAGGUGGCCUUGAGUAAUACAGGCAUCCCAAAGGUGAAUGUUGAUCUCGGAGCUUCACCAGAUGACCAACCAGAGGUCGAUGUUAGUGAUGAAGAGUUUUUGCAGUUUGACACUUCUGGAGUUCCAGUUGUGGUUACCUUGACCAAGGUUGGUAGGCACUACAUUGUGGAUGCAACCUUAGAAGAGGAGUCUCAGAUGAGUUCUGCUGUGUCAGUCUCUGUGAACAGGCAUGGACACAUAUGUGGGUUGACCAAGCGUGGCGGCGCAGGUUUGGACCCGAGUGUUAUUCUUGACAUGAUAUCUGUGGCAAAACAUGUGAGCCAGAAUCUAAUAUCUGUGUUGGAUUCAGAGAUUGCUGCUGCUGAAGCAAAUGCUGAUGAGUGAUAAUAUUAUUCCUUGGGCUAGUUAAGUAAUUGUUCUUGUACUCUUUGUUCAUGUAAAAUUUGCUCAGAAAUCUAUUCGACCAUGCAAAAACUAGUGCUGCAUACAUUUGUUAAGUCCCAUAGAUCAUUUUACAUCAUGUUUCAAGUUCACCUACCAAAAGGGAGCCAAAUCCACAAUUGCCGUUCUGUGGAAUUUGGUAUCUUCUGCAACCCUACAGGGGGAUAUUUUAGAAUAACAAAGCAGAUUCCAAAACAAGCAUUUGCUCAUUUGGAAAUGUAAGGGUGUCUUUUCCACUGUGUUGCACUAUGGUUGGGGAUGUUCUUGAUAAGUUUUUUUGGCUGGAGGGAGUGAGUCUUUUUGUCCUUUGCCCCAUCAUGUAGGGUUAAGGGUAGGUUUGAAAAUAUGCAAUGAUGUGCAGGAAAAUAUUAUUCAAAUAUUUGCAUGGUAAUUGUUCUU